GAUUGUACGGGCAACGCUUUUUUGUUAUAUUUUCGCCGAAAUAUUUUGUUUACAAUUAAAUAAUGUCCGUCCCGGUGACUGCCCACUGCAGCUGGACUCAAACUGCUGGCAGUGAGCUCUCUAAACUGGUGCCCACACAGCUUUCCGAUGAUGAUGUGUUUGUGAAACCCGACCUAGAUGACGUUGUCAAUGAGAGUCGCGCUGUCCUGUUUUCCCACAAUGAUGAUCCGCCACCGCCGUGCGAGUUGCGUUUUCAAAUAAUUCCUCGGUUCAAAAUCGCCGCCCUGACGCUCGUCUGCAGCGCGCCCAAGGUGGAACUAUUUAUAGGACCAUUGCAGGAGUACUGCGAAACGAUCUAUGGCACUUGCCUCGAGGAAGAAGACGAAGAUGUGCCCAUACGCCCGUAUCGCUACGAUAUGGAAAUUGAUCGUUCCGGCAUUGCCGAUAUAAAUCUCAAAUUGCUCACAGCGGCCAAUGAAAUCUGCGUUUAUGGGGCCAUCCUCCAUGUAGCGCCGAAUCCGAAUGGCAUUACCACACAGCUACCGCGGCCUGUGGACUUGCAAAAAGUCAAGGAGCUGCUCCAAACAGGUGCCACUGGGGAUGGCAAAACUAAGGCAGAGGAACACGGCGAUAAGCUGCAGAAAUUUAUGUCGCUCAUGAAGAGCUGUACAGUGCCUGCGGAGACGCCAUCGGCAGCAAAAGUUGAGGAUGUCCCGCCAGAGCUUAUGUCCCUAAUAAAAGGCUGUACCACGCAUGCCGAGUCGCCCGCACAGGCUGUUGCUUCAGAUUUGCCCGACCUCCAGGAUCACAUUGACAAGAAAUUCGAGCAGCUGGAGCAACUUGUUACGACAAGACUGGAGGCGUUUGAGGCUCGGCAAACGGAAAAAUUGAAUCAAAUUAUUUCACUACUGCUGGUCAAGAACUGAUUUCGGGAAUCAAAUCUCUAUUGUUCAUAUCCCAUAUCCAUAUCUAUAUCUAUUUGUAUUUGUUUCAUCUGUUUCGAAUGUGAUUAAACGAAAUUUUCAUUUCCAUGACUAAAUGUACGAAUCCGAAGAUUG